UAUUCACAUUCAGUGGGAGACAGAGGCGGGAAUCAAAAAUAAGUGAAAAUACUUAGUGCUACUUCCCAAACUUUUUCUCCCUCUCUCUCAUAAGUAAAAAAACUUUUACUUAGCCUUCACAAACAUUUUUUGCCUCUCUCUUUCUCAAAACCCUUGAAAUUCCUUAACUUCUAAUACACUUGUUGCUCGAUGUCAAGUAUUGUCUGGCUCGAUAUCAAGCAUUAUUCGGCUACAUCAACAGUUAUGGCAUCAAGUAAGAAUGGAUGCAGCUUGUUGAUAAUCGGCUCGAUGAAGCCUAUUUAAUUGGGGUGCAGAAGUUUUUAGAUUAUGCUUUUAGAAGAACAGGAGAGUCGUAUGAAAUAUGAUGUCCCUGUGUCAAAUGUUGUAACACAACAUUAGGAACACGCGAGAUAGUCAAGUCACAUUUGAAAGUAUAUGGAAUAAUAAAGAAUUAUACUUUUUGGUAUCACCAUGGAGAAGUUUUAGGUGAGCCACAGUCGGAACUUGAAGAUGAAGAUGAAGAUGAUAAUGAAGCAGAAGAAUACGAGAGUGAGGAUGAAAUAGAAGAAAUUUUGAGAGAUCUAUAUCCUAAUCAUGAUAGAAGCACUGCAGAUAUUGGUUGUGAUGAUUUACUUCAAGAGGAACCGAAUGUUGAAGCCAAAAGAUUUUACAGUCUAUUGAGGGAUUUUGAGAAGCCACUAUACCAAAACUCAAAAAUUUCAAAGCUUUCCACUUUGAUUAAAUUGCUUCAUAUAAAAAGUAUGGAUCGCUAGAGCAAUGAGUCAUUUACAAUGCUAUUAAAAAUGUUAAAGGAUGAGUUGUUGCCCGAUGAAGCGGAUUUGCCAAAUUCAUAUUAUGAGGCAAAGAAAGUAAUUCGGAAUCUUGGGCUUUCCUACUAUAAGAUUGAUGCUUGUAUAAAUGAUUGCAUGUUAUACUGGAAGGAGGAUAAUUUACUUGAUUCUUGUAAAAUUUAUGGUGCAUCCAGAUGGAAAAUAAACAAACAUAGCGGGGAAGCAAAGAAUAAAAAAGACAAAAAGAUAGCAGCUAAGACUUUGUGCUAUUUUCCAUUAAAGCCUAGAGUUCAAAGGUUGUUUAUGUCUACAAAGACAUCUUCUCUAAUGACAUGGCAUCAUGAUUAAAGAGUUGAUGAUAGAAUAAUGAGGCACCCAGCUGAUUUAACGGCUUGGAAAUCAUUUGAUGAACUUCAUCCCUCAUUUGUGGCCGAGCCUCGUAAUGUUCGACUUGGACUUGCUAGUGAUGGAUUUCAGCCAUUUCGCAAUUCAAAAACCUCAUAUAGCAUUUGGCCGGUGGUACUUAUUCCUUAUAAUUUACCACCUUGGUUGUAUAUGAAACAAGAAAAUUUUAUUAUGUCAAUGCUUAUUCCUGGUCCAGAUAGUCCAGGAGAUGCAAUUGACAUAUAUCUUCAACCUUUGAUAGAGGAACUAAAUGAGUUAUGGGAAAUUGGUGUUGAGACCUUUGAUGUAUCUACUAGACAGAAUUUUAAGUUGCAUGCUUCUUUGUUAUGGACCAUUAAUGACUUUUCAGCAUAUGGAAAUUUAUCUGGAUGGAGUACAAAAGAAAAAUUGGCAGGCCCAUGUUGCAAUAAAGAUACUUUCUCAAUUAGAUUGACUAAUAGUAAGAAACAUUAUUUUAUGGGUCAUCGACGAUAUCUUCCUCUUAAUCACAGAUGGAGGAAUGAUAAGGAGUCAUUUGAUGGCACAAAAGAGCGACGACUCCCACCAAAAAUACGUUCUGGUAUUGAAAUACUUAAUCAAGUGCGGGAUCUUGAAGGGCUACAUCUAACGAAGGAUCCAAAGAAAAAGAUCAAAAUAUCACAUGAGAAUCGAAAGGAUAAUUGGAAUAAGAGAAGUAUUUUUUUUGAACUUCCCUACUGGAAAUCUUUGUUGUUGCGGCAUAAUUUGGACGUUAUGCAUAUUGAGAAAAAUAUAUGUGAUAAUAUUUUGGGGACGAUCAUGAAUGCCAAAGGAAAGACCAAGGACACCAUUAAUGCUCGGCUAGAUUUGCAAGAAAUGAACAUUUGGCGGGAACUGCACCCCAUCAAAAAGGGAGAAAAGUACGAAGUUCCAACUGCAAGUUAUACAUUAUCUCCCCAAGAAAAGCACAAGUUAUGCCUCUUUUUAAAGAAUUUAAAGGUUUCAGAUGGAUUUUCAUCUAAUAUUUCUCAAUGUGUGAACUUGAAAGAACACAAGAUUUCUGGCUUAAAGAGUCAUGAUUGCCAUGUUCUUUUGUAACAUUUACUCCCUCUUGCACUACGUGGUAUGUUGUCCAAAGAUGUAUGUGAACCACUUAUUGAGUUGUCUUUAUUUUUUCAAUAUGCUUGGAGCUAAGGUGUUAAGGAUGGAUGACUUGGAACGAAUUGCAGCUCAGAUUCCUAUAACUCUUUGCAAGUUAGAAAAAGUCUUCCCUCCUUCAUUUUUUGAUGUCAUGGUACACUUGCCUAUUCAUUUGGCUAAUGAAGCUAUGCUUGCUGGACCUAUUCAAUAUCGGUGGAUGUAUCCUAUAGAGCGAUGGUUAUAUUUUUUAAAAUCUCUUAUUGGUAAUAGGGCUUGUCCAGAAGGCUCUAUCGCAGAGGGGUACCUUGCAAAUGAAUGUAUGACCUUGUGUUCAAUCUAUUUAUAACAUUUCAAUCUAAUAUUGUUACUUUA